UGGUUGUUUGAUCAAUUGUGUGAGGUAUCUCACAUGGCACCUGAAUGCGUAUUAAUGGUGUCAAUCUGUAUCUACAUGUCGUGUGGUUCAAAAGCCAAAAAGGAGCAGCAGGAUGGCCGGUCCAAGCUUGAGCAGAUUCUGUGUUGGGGUUCGAUGCUGAAAUUCAUUAGAUUUCAGUUCUGUAUAGUUUCUGGUUGGUUGCCAAUGAAAUAGACUGUCCAAGGCGCCUGAAGAAAAUGUAAUCCAAUGGUAACACAAUUAAUUAUUUGAAGUUGAUUAAAAAAUACAAAGAGGGUGACUCUGCUUCGUCUUCUUCGAUUACGAGCUCCUAGCAUGUUUAUUUAUUUAUUUCCCUCCAGUCGAAAUUGCGCCAGUGCUGGCCCUUCCCUUCCGAUCCAACGGAGCACUUGCUGCCUCGUGUAAACGCCAUUUAAAUUUGUGCUUGCAGGUGACUGAAUCCCGCCGAGUAUUAUUAGGCGGAGGAAGGGACAGAAACAGGGCACGCCACUCUGCAUUUUUGGUCUCGCCAAAACGACUUCAGUAUCAGCCAGGGGGCUGUGCAUCACUGGGAAUUUUCCAUUUGGAAGGUCCAAUUCCUGACCAUGAUGCUAUAUGAACCGCAACCUGGAACAGUGAAUCCUGAUUGCGAAUGUGCCCGCGGCGCAAGAGAGGAGGGGGCAUCAGCUUGAGUACAGCCAAGUGGCGGGACAGACAGGCGCGAUGGCAAUGGCAAUGGAAUUGGCCGACAAAUUGCUACUGGUGCUCCAGAGCUACUCGCUGCCAGUUUGGGCCAUGAUAAUCUCGGGGCUCUUCGUCGCCGUAUCACUCUCGCUGUCCAUCUACAUGCUCUUGAACCACCUCUCGGCCUACAAGAACCCAGAGGAGCAGAAGUUCCUCGUCGGCGUCGUUCUGAUGGUGCUGAUAUACGCAAUCGAGUCGGUAAGGUGGCUAUGCCAUGUCUUGUUCAAGUGCGCGGUCACAAUGUUGUUGGCUGGGAGAGGUCGAUCCAGCCGUUAACUCUUGGCGUGGACCAGUAGGUUCAAUUUCAGCUUUUAUGUAAUCUUUGUGUUGAUUUCUUUUGAAUUGCAAAAUCAUUUGCUGAUACUUUUCUCCCCUUUCAGUCAUAAAAUGUAAGGUGACCUUCCACAUUUAGUCCGAUAUUUUGUUCAUACCUUGAUUUUACUUUCGAACCGCCUUUUCUUUUAAGAUUAUCAAAUGAUAUCUUUAACUAUUUUAUAAGGUACAGUUUCAAAUUUAGUCUGAGAUUUUUUUAUCGUACUUUGAGUUUAGUUAUGUGUUAUAAUUGAUAUAGUUCUUAGCUAAUUUGACAAACAAUGAUGGCUCC